AUGGAACUGUACGAAAAGUGUCAUCCAGAACUAACUUUUUUAGAAACGCUAGCAUUUGAAGGAAUGACCAGUAACACCAUAAUUUUACGAAAAGAAUUGCUCCAGAAAGUGAUGCACAAUAUUGGCUGCUUGUCGGAUAUCUAUUCCGAUGCACUGCAUAUUGGCAUUUUGAAAUCGUUUGAUAAUGGACCAACUGGAAGUCAAAUUCAAUUAGAAAAACAUCACUAUUUCGUUCAUCUCAGUUUCCAAGAAUUCUUUGCAGCGUGGCAUUUGGUGAGACUCCUCAACAGCACUACCCGUAACACAGCAAUCCAGUUCAUUGAAAAUCAUAAGUAUGAGAAACGUCUACAACUCGUAUUUAUCUUUGCCUCUGGUCUUCUCACUCAAUCAGAAAACACACAAUCAAUUCAUACAUUUUGGGACACCAUUUUCGGUGACCCACAUGAUCUCGUGGGUAUUCGACACAUGCAGCUUGUGACAGUGUGCCUUGACGAAACACAAUGUGACUCCGCGGUGCCACAUCGCAGCCAGUCCAUAUCAUUACUACUAAAUUGGUUCAGGUUCGCCUGCAACCAAAACAUUUUCAAACUACAGGAAAUAAUUGCAAGGACAAUCAAUUCAUGCAGCAAAAUACAGAAUUUCCCAGAAAUACAGAUUGAGUUAGCGUGUCUCUUGAAAACCGAAGCGGAACAGCACACAUCACAUAUAGCAACCUUCAUUCGCAAACUGAAUAUUACCGACCCACACAACCAAUUACUUGAAUCCUUAUCACUUCAACUUGAACACAAUGAUGCAGCGGUCCGAACGAAUGCAUGUGGUGCUCUUGGAGAGAUCGGCGAAAAAGCAUCAACAAGCCAGGUGAUUGAUCGGUUGGUGGGGGCACUAGGUGAUCAGCAUGACCAGGUUCGACGGAGUGCAUAUAGUGCUCUUGAGAAGAUGUGCGAAAAAGCUGCAACGAGUCAGGUGAUUGAUCGGUUGUUGGUGGCACUUGGUGAUCUGGUUGAAGGUAUUCGCGGUACGGACCUGAGGAGUGCUAGUACGCUUCUUAAAUUGUGGUCGUAUGCCCUGCAGUGGCUUUCUGAUUCCCACGCGAGAGAGUGUGAUGUGAUGCAGAAAUCGAAUGUUUACGAUGGAAUUGAUGGAAUGUCCUUGAAAAUUUUUCAGUUAGUGAUUUAUACGCAUGAUUGGCGUUGGCUUUCCAUACUUGUAGAAUGUUGUCUAAUGGAGGAAAUAUCGGUCAUGGUUAUCGGUGACAGAGUGAUUAUGCGUUUCGAGUGGGUGGCAGUGGAGACACGAAUCAGAAACUCGGAGCUACUAUCAGAGCUGUGCAAGGCUUUUGAUGAUUUCGGUUUAAAAGUGCUUGAUUGCCACCAACAGAAUAGUAGAAAACCAUGGAGGGAACGAAAAUAG